AUGCGUUCCGCUCAGUUCCUUGCCCUCGCGAUGGCCGUCGCUACCUCCGAGGCCGUCUCUCAGGGUUUCAACUACGGUGCUCUCAAGGUUGAUGGCAGCCUCAAGACCCAAUCCGACUUCGAGACCGAGUUUGCUACUGCUAAGAACCUCGUUGGAACCGACAAUGCCUUCACCAGUGCCCGUCUGUACACCAUGAUCCAGGGUGGUACUACCAACGGCCCCAUUGAGGCCAUCCCCGCCGCUAUCAAGGAGAAGACCACUCUUCUCCUUGGUCUCUGGGCUUCCGGUGGUGACAUGAGCAACGAGAUUGCUGCCCUCACAACCGCCAUCUCCACCUACGGCGAUGCCUUCACAGACCUGGUCGUCGGUAUCUCCGUCGGCAGUGAGGAUCUUUACCGUAACUCCGUCACUGGUGUCAAGGCCAACGCCGGUCUCGGUGUCGAGCCUACCGAGCUUGUCGACUACAUCAACCAGGUCCGCUCCGCCAUCUCCGGUACUUCCCUGAGCGGCGCCCCCAUCGGCCACGUCGACACCUGGAACUCGUGGACCAACAGCUCCAACUCUGCCGUCAUUGAGGCCGUCGAUUGGCUCGGUUUCGAUGGAUACCCCUACUACGAGAACACCGACCCCAACUCCAUCGAUGACGCCAAGGCCCUCUUCAACAAGGGCGUUGCGAAUACCAAGGCUGUCGCUGGCGGUAAGGAGGUUUGGAUCACCGAGACUGGCUGGCCUACUACCGGCGCCACCGAGAACCUGGCUGUCGCCAACGUCGCCAACGCCAAGCAGUACUGGGACGAAGUUGCCUGCCCUCUGUUGGGCGUCACCAACACCUGGUGGUACAUCCUCGAGGAUGCCGGUACUACCGCCCCCAGCUUCGGUGUCACUGGUUCCUCCACCGACACCACCCCUCUGUAUGACCUGAGCUGCAAGGCCUCCACAUCUUCCAGCUCUGCCGCCUCUUCGUCCAGCACCUCUGGUGCCGGUUUCGCCGAGAAGUCUGGUGUCGCUACCGGCGCUUCUGCCUCCGCUACUGGCUCUGCCUCCGGCUCUGCCUCCGGCUCUGAUGCCUCCGGUUCCAGCUCCAGCUCCGGCUCCAGCUCUGGCUCUUCUUCUUCCGGCUCUGGCUCCAGCUCCGGCUCUGGCUCUGGUGUCUCCGGCUCCGGCUCUGGUGCCUCCGGUGCCUCUGGUUCCUCCUCCGCCGGUGCUUCCUCCCCAUCUGUGACCCCCGGUGUCCGCCCCUCCACCAAGCCCAAGUCUAAGAGCGCUUCUGCCUCCGCCUCCGCUUCCGGAUUUGCCUCUAGCACUGCCUCUGGAUCCUCCGCUACCGCCACUUCUGGCAGCAAGGGCUCCGGAUCUUCCGCCUCUGGCUCCGGUUCCGGCUCCGGCUCUUCUUCCUCCGACUCUGCCUCUCCCUCCUCCACCCUUUCCUCCAGCUCUGCCACCCGUGUCGCUGGCUCUGCUGCCGGUGCCCUGGUAGUUGCUCUCGCCCUUGCUUUCACUUUCUAA